AUGGCUACGCAAAAAAAAACCCCCCUGCCCCCCACCCUGCGCCGGGGCCUGGUGGCCUUCAGCAACUCCCUCUUCAUCAGCAACAAGACGCGGGACAGUGGCGCCGCCCACAUCUACCACCCAGCCCACGAGGUCCUGGCCAGCCUGCCCCUCCAGAUGAUGCUCUACUUCAACGUCUACUACUUCCCAGUCUGGUGUCUGGCUGAGGGGAUGAUGCUGCAGCUGAAGUACCACCUGCUGCCUUGGUACUACCAGUUCCUGCUGGUCACUGCCUUCCUCAUCCUCUCCCUGGCUGAGGGCUCACGGCUCUACCUGGGCUACGUGGGGAACCUGCAGGAGAAGGUGCCCGAGCUGGCCGGGUUCCUCCUGCUCUCCCUCCUG